CGUCGACAGGUAUUCAGGAAGUUAGCGUCUGUUGCCGAAACACACACGGACUUAAAGACACGAAAAUGAAAACCAAACGAAGACUGCUUAGCCCUCCAGACUGACAUGAACAUACUGCUGCAUCCUGUGAUUGUCUCGUUGAUAAGUUUGCCUUUGAUCGCUGUGUGUCUGGACCCUGUUCCAGUUCAGUUUGAGAAGACACCAGUGUUGGUGGCAUCAGGGAAAGAUGCUAUCUUUACAGUACAGACAGUGUCUGAUGCGCCUCUUAUCAGAUGGACUACUGGUGGAGAGAUUACACUGGCCAUGUGGGUAAACGGCAACCCUUCUGUACUGCCCGUCCAACAGUAUCAGAACAGAAUCUCAGUCACUGCCACUCAGCUCAAAAUCAGUAACAGCCAGCUCAGUGAUUCGGGAAACUACAGCGUCUCUGUCGAACCCUCUUCUACCUCUGGACUCGGCGUGAACACCCGUUCAGUGCAGCUCAAGGUGUUGGAUGCUGUGAACGGAGUGAGUUUGUCUCUGCCUCCUCUUCCUCUGGAAGGUGCGAAUGUGUCGCUGAGUUGCAGCUGGUCUGCGGGUUCAGAGGUCAGUGUGGUUUGGGGUAAAGGAGGCGCUGCUCUGUCCUCUGACACCCGCAUUACCAUCAGCGCUGGAUCUCUGAUCAUCACGCCAGCCAGGAGAGAUGAUGCCGGGGAGUAUUCAUGUACCGUCAGCAACGCCGUCAGUGCACAAACAGCCAAGGCCACCCUCAGCGUCUACUAUGGUCCAGACGCCCCACAGUUGACUAAGACCUCGAGUGAGUGUGUCGGCGGUGGAGAUGCAACGGUGGGCCAGACGGUGCGUCUCACCUGUACAUCUGCCUCUCUACCUCCCGCCUCCUUCUCGUGGGUACUCAACGGCCAGCCGGUGACCGCCGGCCAAUCAGGGAGUGGCGUUCUAAGUCUGCAGAUCUUCUCCACCAAUCAGAGUGGCACAUAUACCUGCACCGCACGGAAUGACAUCACAGGAGGAGCAUCAAAGCAGCAGAUAGACCUGGCCGUUGUGGGUACGUGUCUCAGUGGAGGGGCCGUCGCAGGGAUUGUAGUUGCAUGUGUUGUGGCACUCAUCAUCAUUAUUAUUGUCAUUAUUGUGCUCCUGCGACAGAGAAAUGUGGAUCGGAGACUCAGAGAGGCUAUUGGACCUCAGAAGACAAACCAGAAUGAAAGUAUCACAAUUGCAAACAGCGCUCUUGUCAAUGGAAACCACCCUGAUCCAACAUUACACAACUCACAGCCACAGAGCUUCACCACUUUACCCAAUAACAACAAUGGGAACAUCAACACAAUGCCUCAAAACAUUCCCAGCAGCUCCAACCCACUCCAUCAUAAUGGCCAUAUGAACACAGAUGUAUUUCACCACAACAUCAAUGCGUUCCCAGACAAUGGGCAUCAAAACAUCAAUUCAUAUCCAAACAAUGACCCUCAGAGAUCGUUCCCACAGCCUGUCCAGCACAAUCCUAAUAUUCUCAUACAAACGGGUACUUCUCAGCCUGGUGCACAUGCUCACACAGUUCAUGUAAACCUCAACACGUUGCCACACACUGACCAGCUUAACAAUGCACAACCUCAAACAGUGCAUGUCAACUUGAACACAUACCCUCCAGAAGCAAACCAACCAAAUCAGGCAAUCCGGCAACGCGCAGAGCAAAAUCAAAAUCUUUCGCAGACUGGUUUGUUCAACUCUGAGCCUUUGAGUUUGGGUAAUCAAACACAGACGAAUGCUUCAACAAAUGCAUUUCGCCAACCCAAUGCCCUUAUUCAGACUGGCCACUCGCACCCUACCAACCAAACCAAUGCAAACCGCCGAACUACCAACUCACGAUCUUCAGCAGAGGUUCGACAUUCAAACCGUGUUCGGACCGACGACCAGAUCCGCACCAACGCGCACCUCCAGCAGAUGCCUUGGGACCCUUUGCAGGGAACGCCGGCGUACCCCAAUCGUGAAGUCGACAGCUCGGACAGCAGUGGAUCCUCGGAUUGGCGGUCUAGAUCUCCACAACGAAAUGCACAGCAAGGGCGUUCAGUUGGGAGAUACCAGACUGAACCUACAGGCAGGAUAACUCAAGCUCCUUCUGCUUCCCAAAGAGGAGACCUCCAAAGACCAAUCGCUCACAACGUGCCCAGCCAGUCUCAAAUGGACCUAAAUGUACAGAGUACAGUACCUCAAACCCAAACCUCUCAAGGUCAGAAUCCAAUCCUGACUACAUCUCAAACACAUCCUUCCUCCAGACCAAAUCAGACCGUGGUUCAGCCAUCCAUUCCUCUUACCCAGGCUGCACUACGCCAACACACCGCCCAGACCGAGAACCCUUUUGACACCCGGAUCCAGCAGACUCGAGCUGCUCUGCAGAAGCCUGUACCUUCUCAACCCAUCCAGCAGCUCAACAAAGCGGGUCAGAAGCCUCCUACUCCACCUCCAGUGUUGGGUCCGGAUCAGUUCCAGAUGCUUCCACGUGAACGCAUGCAACAGGCGCGCAACAUCCAGCCUGUGAACGCGAACCGCCGACACAGACCUCCAAAUGUGACUGGAGUGCUGCAUACGAGCCCUCAACGAUUGCCCAUGCAUGGACACCCAAUGCACAUGCAACAGGUCCACAGAGGCAGACCCAGACGCUGAGAAAAUGCAGUGCUCAUCUGGACCGACACUGUUUGCACUGCAAAAAACUUUCUUACAAAGCACAAUGUCUCUCUGGUGGAAAGAAACAAAUGCUCAGCCAUUCCUCUGGCCCUCCGCUUAUCGUGCCAUACAAAUCUUUCCAUUUUGUCAGAGCGACCACAUCUUUGAUAAAAGGACUGAUGGUUUUGUUUCUCCCGCACAACUGUCACGUAGGCAUGUGAAAGCCAUGGCUGUUGAAUAGGACACAGUGUGAAUUUUAUCCAUUGGAACAAUGCUGCUAUGGGACUUUUCUUGCACUCAAGUGUCUGAAAAUAAAACACAAUACAAUGUUUUUCCACAGACAGGAAAACUCGAACAAAAUCCAAAUGAAUUAGGAUGGCUGGCAGAGCUGAACUGCUAAAUGAUAAAUAAUGGACUGCCACUAUUUGUCCUCUCGCAUCUAUUUAUUCAGCUCUCUGCUCACAGAUGCUUCUUGUAACGCCGCUCAAUUACUGCGAUCCGCUACGCUGCUUUUGUGGAUGGAUUGCGCAUUUGAGUAUGAAGGAGACCCACCUAACGGAUGUGUAAUUAAUUGAGCUCUUUAAUUUUUAUGUUAAUGAUGUGGAAAAUGCUAAUGACUUUAAGUAAAAUAGGCUGUUGACAGGCCUAACAAAAACAUGAUGAAAAGCAAAUGUUUGAUCAGAUGUUUCUAAGCACACAGGAAAUUACAAAUAAAUUCUCCCAAUUUCA